CAAUUAGUUUCCGACGACAGAAUUUGUCAUUCCCGCCACAAUAAACAAUGCUCAAAUUCACGUUACAAAUCCUCUUACCUUCAAAUCAUGGCCGCCGCCGAUUCCUCUCCGUGCUCGAAUCCGCAGCCCACUCACAAAUUCAAGCUCCAGCAUCUGAAUUUUCAAAAAAAUUCAACCUUUCCUCACUCCCUAAAAGCAAAAAUAUCUCCCAAUUGAGAAAACUUCACUGCGAGCUGAUUGUCAACGGUUUAAUCUCAGAGCUUUCCACCGCUAACAAAAUUCUUCACGCAUACACACUCCACAAAGAUUUGGAGAGUGCGUAUGCAUUGUUUUGUGAUGUUAAUGUGAAAAAUUCUUACUUUUGGAGUGUUAUGAUUGGUGGGUUUGCCAGAGCUGGUGAUUUUUUCAGCUGUUGCAGAGUUUUUAGGGAUUAUGUGAGGUCUGGUGAUUUGCCUGAUGAUUACACUUUGCCUGUGGUUAUAAAGAUUUGUAGGAAUUUUAUGGAUUUGGGAAUGGGGAGAUUGUUGCAUUGUUUUGUCUACAAGUGUGGAUUUUGUUGUUAUACUUUUGUUGCUGCGGCGCUCGUGGAUAUGUAUGCGAAGUGCAAGGUGAUUGGGGAUGCGGGGAGGGUGUUCGAUGAAAUGCCUGAGAGAGACCUUGUUAGUUGGACUGUGAUGAUUGGGGCUUAUACUGAAUGUGGGAAUCCGGAGGAGGGGUUGGAGUUGUUUGAUCGGAUGCGAGAGGGUGGAAUUGUGCCGGAUAAGAUUGUGAUGGUUAAUGUUGUCAAUGCUUCUGCAAAGGUGGGGUCGAUGCAUAAGGCGGGGGUUGUGGAUGAUUACGUGAAGGUGAUGGGGUUUUUGUUGGAUGUGAUUCUUGGUACUGCUUUGAUUGCUAUGUAUGCGAAAUGUGGGAGCUUGGAGUUGGCGAGGGAGAAGUUCGACGGGAUGAGGGAGAGGAACGUUGUGUCGUGGAGCACGAUGAUUGCGGCGUAUGGCUACCAUGGGGAAGGCCGGGAAGCUCUUGAUUUGUUUGGCAUGAUGUUGGGAAAUGGAGUGUUGCCUAAUAACAUCACGUUCGUUUCCCUCUUGCACGCUUGUAGUCACUCUGGUUUGGUUGACGAGGGUCUAGAGAUUUUCUCGCUAAUGCAAGAGAAGUAUGGAGUGAGGCCGGAUGUGAAGCAUUUCACUUGCGUUGUUGAUCUAUUUGGUCGUUCUGGAAAACUUGAACGAGCCUUAAGUUUGAUUGAAGAUAUGAAUAUUGAAAAAGAUGCGGGGCUCUGGGCUGCGUUGAUUGGUGCUUGUAGGAUACAUGGUGAUGUAGAACUGGCGGAGAAGGCUGCAAUGUCCCUCCUCGAAUUACAACCCCAGAAUGCAGGGCAUUAUAUACUACUUUCCAAUAUUUAUGCCAAAGCUGGUCGAUGGAAAGAAGUGGCCAAGGUUAGGGAACUAAUGACUCGUCAAAGUAUAAAGAAAAUUCCGGGUUGGACUUGGAUUGAAGUGGAAAACAAGAUUCAUAAGUUUGGCGUUGGAGACCAUACACAUGUUCAGUCGAGAGAGAUAUACGAGCAACUAAAGCAAUUGCGUGAGAAACUGGAGCUGGCUGGCUAUGUUCCAGAUACGAAUUUCGUGCUACAUGACAUUGAUGAUGAACUGAAGUUGGAUAUCUUGCAUACACACAGCGAGAAGCUGGCAAUUGCGUUUGGACUAAUUGCCACACCUGAGGGAACUCCCAUUAGAAUUACGAAAAAUCUUAGAGUUUGUGGUGACUGUCACACGUUCAUCAAAUUUGUGUCUCUGAUCAUGAAAAGGUUACUUGUUGUUCGUGAUGCAAAUCGCUUCCACCAUUUCAAGGACGGAGCUUGUUCUUGCAGUGAUUAUUGGUGAAUGUUUUGCUAUUGUCUGGCCACAAUAGCAAUUGCUUGCCGUUGGGAUCAAGAGAUAUUGUACGCGGGAUCAACUGCAAUAUGAACAUCAUCCCUUGUUAACAUCAUCGUUAACCGAAUCUGACUCGUUCGCCCAACCCCACACAAUCCUUCUAUUCGUAGAAGGGUCAAAGAAGGAUUUGGAGGCAUAGAAGUUGCCAUAAUCAUACCUCAAUCCAUUCCGGUUAUCAAUCAUGCCUUCAUCAGAAGUGUCGAGUCCAUUGCUUCCAGUCUCUGAAACAGGAAAGAACUCGGGACAUUCCCAAUUCCCAGUCCCAGCCACAGCGUGCAACGGAUGCUUGGCUUUAAUCCAGUGCGUGAAAUCCCGACUCUUGUAUAAAUGAGCGAUCCCCAUUUGCCUAACAACACCGCUUAUGGUUAUUCUCCAGAGACCGUCUCUCCCCAACCAUGCUGUUGUUGGGUCACGGAACGCAGUCUUGUUGAUCCACCUAUCUGGGACGAUCAAGGGGUUGUUGUUGGGCUUGAUCCACUCAGUAAGUAAUGGAUCUGAUAGGUUGGCCGGGAUAGCAUAGUUUUGGACUUGUGUGUUGUGCUCGUCUGUGAUGCCUGUGUAUAGGAUGAUGGGCUUACCACCAGGAAGAACCGUUGCUGAACCCGACCAGCACCCAAAUUUAUCAAACGGCC